AUGAACAGAGACGAAAUAUCGUCCCAGUUCAUUUGUUACAGUUAGAAACGUACGCAUAUAUAAGAGUUAGUUCAGAGGUUGUCUCUCCCAGCCUGUCUAAGGACAUCUGUAUACUUACUCAUCCAGAGAGAGAGAGAGAAAGACAUGGAGAGAAGCCUGAAGAAGAUGAAGAACAGUAAUACUAACUCAACAAGGAGCAAUCUCAUGAAAGACAGUGAAUUGUUUCAUGUGAUUCACAAAGUUCCAUGUGGAGAUACUCCCUAUGUUAAAGCCAAGCAUGCUCAGUUGAUAGAGAAGAACCCAGAGAUGGCGAUAGUGUGGUUUUGGAAAGCCAUUAACACAGGAGACAGAGUAGACAGUGCUCUCAAGGACAUGGCUGUUGUAAUGAAACAGCUUGACCGUUCGGAAGAAGCCAUCGAAGCCAUCAAAUCCUUUCGUCCUCGUUGUUCCAAGAACUCUCAAGAUUCCCUCGACAAUGUCCUCAUCGACUUAUACAAGAAAUGCGGGAGAAUGGAGGAGCAAGUUGAGUUGUUGAAAAGGAAACUAAGGCAGAUCUAUCAAGGAGAGGCUUUCAACGGCAAACCCACCAAGACCGCUCGCUCCCACGGCAAAAAGUUUCAAGUGACCGUUCAACAAGAAAUCUCAAGAUUACUGGGGAACUUGGGGUGGGCAUAUAUGCAGCAAGCCAAGUACUUGUCGGCAGAAGCGGUAUACAGAAAAGCACAGAUGGUAGAGCCUGACGCUAACAAAUCGUGCAACCUCGCCAUGUGCCUUAUCAAACAAGGAAGGUUUGAAGAGGGAAGAUCGGUUCUUGACGAUGUAAUAGAGUCUAGGGUUUUGGGAGCAGAUGAUUGUAGGACAAGGCAACGAGCGGAUGAGCUUCUGAGUGAGCUAGAAGCUUCGCUGCCACGUCGGCGAGAUGCGGAGAUGGAGGAUGUCUUGGGGAAUAUCUUAGACGAUGACUUUGUUCUUGGCCUUGAACAGAGGACAGCUAGUGGUUUUAGAUCAAAGAGACUUCCAAUCUUCGAACAGAUCUCGUCAUUUAGAAAUCAAUUAGUUUGCUAAGUACAAUAUGGUUUUGCGUUUCUUUAUGUAUCAUAUCUCUAGCUUUCCCGUUUCGUAUAGUUUUGAUGGGUUGGACAAUAUGUAUCAUCUUCUCUUAUGUAACUUUGUAUAUACAACAACAAUAAUAAAUGUCUGGAGGGUUACUUAUAAGUUAUAUCCAUAGUUUUUGGCUAC